UGUCCACCAGUGUGCACCCUUACAUUAGGUGUCACCAUCAGAGUGCAACUUUACAUCAUUGCCCAUCAGAGUGCUCCUUUACAUCAGCUGUCCCCAUCAGAGUGCCCUUUUACAUCAGGUAUCCCCAUCACAGUGCCACCUUACAUCAGGUAUUCCCAUCAGAGUACUCAAAGUACCCCUUUCCUUCAUAUUUCCCCAUUGGAGUGCCCCUUUACAGCAUAUUACCCAUCAGAGUGCCCCUUUCCAUCACAUGUGCCAAUCAGAGGG